AUGACAUCUAUAUGUGAUUGUACAAGUUUACAUUUUACUCAAAAUGAUAAAUUUCUAGUAGAUAAAACAGAUUCAACAUUCAAUUUAAUCACUGGUUGGGAAGGUUCUGCUAUUUUAAGACAUGGUUCAAUGAUACAAUUCGGUUGUUAUAAAUUUAUUUUUAGUUUAGUCAAUCGUUCUUUACCUUCCUAUCCAUCAUCAUCAUCAACAUCAACUUUAACAUGGAUGACAGUGAAUAAUAGUUCAACACCAUCUUCUUCUUCACAUGAAUCACCAGUACUACUUACAGUUUCUUUAUCAGUAGUAACAAAAGAUCUUUUAAAAUUAUCUAAAAAUAACAAUUUACUUGCUUAUUAA